CGGCGCAUGCGCGCUUUCGCGGCGCGCCCCCGGCGGCCGUUGAAAAUGGCGACUGUCGCCGAACUGAAGGCUGUUUUAAAGGACACCUUGGAAAAAAGGGGGGUACUAGGGCAUUUAAAAGCAAGGAUCCGAGCUGAAGUUUUCAGUGCCCUAGAUGAUGAUCGUGAACCCCGACCAACAUUGUCUCAUGAAAACCUUCUAAUUAACGAAUUAAUUCGGGAGUACUUGGAAUUCAACAAAUAUAAGUAUACGGCAUCGGUCCUCACAGCAGAAUCUGGUCAACCUGCAGUUCCACUGGACAGACAGUUUCUCGUCCGUGAACUAAAUGCCUUUGAAGAGUCAAAGGACAACAAAAUACCUCUUUUAUAUGGAAUUUUGGCUCAUUUCUUGCAUGGAACUAAGGACAGCGUCCCAAACACCUUUCUGAAAGAGUCUUCACUUCAACCUUCAAACCCAAAUCUUGUCAGACAGAAGAAGGCCGAUGGGUAAGAGGUUCCUGAGGUUCCUCUUUUAGCUUUAGUGACCACCAGGAAAGGAGAGGGGCGGAGGCACCAACACCGAGGCUCCCCCCUUUCUCAGGCCGUGAAGAGAUGACACUUCGAUGCAGAGUAUCUUUUAUCUUAAAAUUGUGUGUAUUAAGUAACUUAUUUAUCAUUCCAGUGUUACAACUACUAUUUGCAUUUUGUAGAAAUUUGAGUUUCUGCACAGUACUUGACCCCUCGUGUUUUACUGCAUUUGUGAAUAAAAGCUAACUCUGUCAUCUAGCUUUUUGGAUGUGACUGGAAAGAAGGUGCAUGGUUUUUACGAAGUAGUUUGAAGGCCCAGAAGUUCAUGAAAAAUGCAAGGGCUUUUAGAACUUUGUA